AUGAGGUGGGGGAGGGGGAGGGGAAGGAGAGGAGGGACGAGGAGUGUCAUCGUCCGUUCGUUGCAGACCGUGCUGGAUUACGACUGCGAAUGGGCGUUUAGGCAGAGCUGGAUGACCGUGAACGAUGCGCCCGAAUGGGAUCCGGAUAUCCUCAGCACUCGGAUCUUGCGGAACGCGAGCGAGAGUUGCCGAGUGUUCCGCGCCGUGACGUGGCCCCGGGCCCUGGGGCUCGUGGCCAGCCGGGACUUCGUGGCGGUGGAGUGCCACGAACGGGUCGGGGAGGCGCGGUAUUGGGCGGUGGUCGGGGUGGAGGCGCCGGAGGAGGCGCCGGAGGAGGGCGUCGUCAGAGGUCGAGUGGAUCCGGGAGGAGGAUUCGCCUUUUCGCCGCACGGAGAAGACGGGAAGAAGACGCUGUUUCGACUCGUUCCGAUGAUGGAACUCGACGUUCCGUUCCUUCCGAGAGCGUUCGUGAAGAAACUGUUGCUCGCGAGGCAGCGAAAGUUCGUCGCUCUGCUUCGGGACAGACUCUCCGACUUGCAUUUUCUCUCGUGA